UAUAAAAUGUUUCAUCCCUUUCUCUCCUUCAAUCCUCUCUACUUACUAAACUCCUUUUCCUUUAUUUUCUUCCACCCUUUCUCAGUUUUCUUCUCCCUGUAGUCACUCCCCCGUUCCGCUGUGGGUUUUGGAGAAAGUUUAAGCCAUUGCGAUUUUGCUUUCGUGUCUAGAGAAUAAAUGAGUGUAGAUUCUUUGUUUGGAUAUCGGCGAUUCGUUGAGUAUCGACAGUGACUGCUCUGGCGGUUGGGUGAGUGAUUGAUGCUUUGUCGUUUUACAGAGGUUCGAAUGCUCUGAUGGAACCGAUCUGGAAGUACAAUGAAGUCCCCACUGCUUCGAACUUCAUCAUUGCUGUCUACUUUGCAGUUGCGUUCGUUGCUGCGAGGUUUUUGCUCGAUAGGUUUAUCUAUCGUAGACUGGCAAUCUGGCUGUUGGGCAGAGGAACCAAUCAGCUCAAACUUAAUGAGACAAUAAGGGCAAAAAUAGUGAAAUGCUCAGAGUCCAUGUGGAAGCUUACGUACUAUGCUACUGUUGAGUUUUCUAUUUUGGCAACUGCAUACCAUGAGCCAUGGUUCACAGAUGUAAAGCACUACUACAUUGGCUGGCCUGACCACGAGCUGAAGCUCUCCUUGAAGCUUAUCUACAUGUGCCAAUGCGGGUUCUACAUCUACAGCAUUGCUGCACUCCUUAUGUGGGAAACACGAAGGAAGGAUUUCUCUGUGAUGAUGUCACAUCAUGUAGUCACUGUAAUCUUGAUUGGAUAUUCAUACAUCGCAAGGUUCUUUCGGAUAGGAGCUGUUAUUCUUGCACUGCAUGACGCCAGUGAUGUAUUCCUCGAAGCUGCGAAGGUUUUUAAGUACUCUGAGAAAGAGCUAGGAGCUAGCAUCUGUUUUGGUUUUUUUGCCUUGUCAUGGCUUCUACUUAGGCUUAUAUUCUUUCCAUUUUGGGUCAUAAGAUCAUCAAGCUACUACUCAUGCCAAGUCAUGCGCCUGUCAGAGCCAUACUUACUAGCGUCAUACUAUGUCUUCAAUACGAUGUUAUUUACGCUGCUUGUUUUUCACAUUUACUGGUGGAAGCUUAUAUUGGCAAUGAUCAUGAAACAGCUGAAAAGUAGAGGCAAAGUUGGGGAAGAUAUUCGAUCAGAUUCAGAAGAUGAUGACUAGCCUGGGAAAAUUGCUUUUUGAUUACUUGCGUGUUUGGUUCUGCAAUUGAUUGGUUUACUCAAGUAGUAAUAGCUGAAAUUCUACAGAAUUUCAUUCCCAAUUCUUGUAAUAGAAAAUAUAGGACUAUCUAGCAUUUCACAUCUGAAAAUAUGUUUUCGCUGUAGGAAUCAUAGCUGCUUUCUGUAUAAAAUUUUCCUGCUACUAGCCUCCGUGAAUAUUAAACAGAAGAUUUUACCUCAGCCAUCUCAUUCAAAAUCCACAAAUUUUUGA